UUAAAUUAAUAACAGCCUUGUCUGCACUUUUAACUAAUAAACAAAAGGAUCUCUAGCUCUUGUUUCUUCCAACAAACCCAACAUUCCGCCAUGAGCUCGAGCAACGAGAAGGCCCCAUUGGUUGGUGCCCCUGAGCAGUCACCAAUUUACCGGGAGAAAACACAGACUAAGACCUUUAAAUACAUUCUAUUUGGGUUUGUUGGCGUCGUCAUUCUGAAUCUGCUGAUCUCAGUGAUCAUAGUCUCGGUGAUGGCUGCUCUCCACAAUGGAUUAUUUGCUCUCCUGUUGGUCAGUCUCUUGUCCUUUGCACAAGUCGAGUUCUUUUUGCUGUUCUUCAUUCGUCGUGACUACUUGCCCAAGAAGCACUACUGGGUUGUCUUUGUGGUCGGAGUGUUUGUCAUUAUCGAAGCUAUCUCAACGGACAUUAUAGUACUAUCCCUUGAACCCUCUAACCCUUGAAUCUUGAACCCUUGAACCGUAAACUAGACUAUUUGGCACUGUUUUAUUGUUUUGAAGCACUGUUUUAUGUCGUACUGAUUACCAACGGACAUUAUAGUGUUAAGUAAACUACUUUUGUAUAGAUGUAUAAUUAUUUUGGCACUGUGUUAAUUAAAAGCACAUCCUGAAUCUUGUAUUACCUACUGACGUAUAAUAAUUGAAUGAGAUGCCAA